UGGCAAUGAAAGAUUGGUUAAAGAAUAUGUAAAGAACAUUCAGAUGGAGGAGAAAAGAAAACCAUUAAUUCGGAAAAAGAUUAGAAGUUAGCAAUGGUCUGUUCGGUGUCGAGGUAUGUUUUCAGUGGUGGAGCUAAAAUAUUUUGGAGACCAAAGAGCUACAUUUAAAAUCUUGAAACCAUGGUGGGAUGUUUUCACAGAUUAUUUAACUAUUCUGAUGCUUAUGGUAGCAGUUUUUGGAGGGACAUUGCAGAUAUCAACAGACAAGAUAAUAUGUGUCCCUGUGCCGGAAGGCUUCUCAAUGGCCACCAUGCGAUGGAACAAAAGUGCUCUUAAAGGUCUUAAACUAAAUAGUUUUGAUUCGGGAUUUAAGACCGACUUGGACCGCGAACAAUAUAAUUUAAUGGAUCAGUAUUGUUAUGAUCAUGCAAUUCAGUGGUAUUCAAAAUAUUUCCCAUACAUAGCUAUCAUUCACACGCUUGUAUUUUUGAUAAGCAGUAAUUUCUGGUUCAAAUUUCCAGGAACAAGUUCCAAAAUUGAGCAUUUUAUAUCAAUCCUUGGAAAAUGUUUAGAUUCUCAGUGGACUACUAAGGCACUUUCAGAAACUGUCUAUGAGGAUUCAGAUCUACAGAUUCCACAAAGAACAGUUUUAUCAACUGAACCAUCCGUAUCUUGCUCUUUGAACCUACAGCAGUCCUCCGAUACUGCCCUAUUACUGGGACAAAAGGAAUCCAGUAAUGACAGACUGUGUGAGAAUGAAGCACAAGUGUCAUUGUGCAAACCUCCAUACAAGACUUUCAAAACUGUCGGAGGUGGUGUUUAUGGUUAUGCUGCAGUGAAAAUCCUAGAUAAAAAGGAGGGUGAACAAGCAAAAGCAUUGUUUGAAAAAGUCAAAAAGUUUCGUCUUCACACAGAAGAAGGUCAUAUUCUUUAUAUGAUGUACAUAAGACAAACUAUUUUACGUUCUGUUCAAACAAUUCUCGUUCUUGCCUAUUUUGUAACUCGGAUUCCUCAAAUGAAACAUAUUGUCCACUGCGUAGAUAAAAUUCAUAUCACAGGUUUCACGGAAUUUUUCUGCAUCCAUGGUCUUUGGAGGAUAUUCAGGAUGUUGUCUACUGUGUAUGUUGUUGUCAUAUUUAUUUAUUGUAUAACCUGUAUCUACACAUUGUACUGGAUCUUCUAUUUUAAACUUAAGGAAUAUUCAUUUGCAUAUGUCAGAGAAGAAACUGGGAUUGAUGACAUUCCUGAUGUGAAGAACGAUUUUGCAUUUUUACUGCAUCUGAUUGACCAAUAUGAUAAACUAUAUGCUAGGAAGUUUGCUGUGUUUCUAUCUGAUGUUAGUGAAAACAAACUCCGUCAAAUAAACCUGAGCUAUGAGUGGACACAUGAGAAGCUUCAGCAACGUAUUGUUACUAAUGAAGACAACAAAACUGAAUUACAUCUUUUUAUGUUGCCCGGUAUUCCCAAUAACGUUUAUGAUAUUUAUAACCUGGAAGUACUAAAGUUGGAAUUUAUUAAGGAUGUCUCUAUUAGUGCAGCAAUUUCACAGCAAACUUCACUCCAAGAACUGUGGGUGUACAACUGUAUAAUAAAAGUAGAAAAUCGAGCACUUGCAUUUUUAAAAGACACAAUAACAAUUUUAAGAGUUCGGUUUUCAAACGCUUAUGAAAUACCACAGUGGAUGUAUUGUCUGAAGAAUCUCCGUGAACUGUACCUGGAAGGAAACCUAUUAAUCGACAAUAAAACUUCCAUUGUCCUGCAGUCAUUAUGUGAUUUAGAACGUCUUAAAUUUUUUCACCUAAAGUCCAAUGUCACCAAAGUACCUGCAGCAGUCAUUGAUGUUGCUCAUCACCUUCAGCACCUCACAAUCCACAAUCAGGGCAAAAGGUUCACCACUCUUAACGGCCUUAGGAAAAUGCUUUGCCUCUCUGUGUUAAAGCUGUAUAACUGUGAUUUAGAGAGAAUCCCAAGUGCUAUAUUUAGCUUGAGCAAUCUUCAGGAACUGGACCUCAAAGACAAUAAUCUGAGAACGUUGGAGGAGCUGGCGAGUUUUCAACAUCUUCGUAAACUCACUACACUCAAACUUCAUCACAACAAAAUUACACAGAUUCCUCUAUACAUUGCCAAGGCCAGCUCACUGGAAAUGCUUUAUUUAACUAAAAAUAAUAUUACUUUUCUUCCAUCAAAUCUAUUUAAACUCACUAGGCUACGACAUCUUGAAGUUGGUCAUAAUAAUAUUACAAGCAUUCCCAUUGAAAUAGAACAACUGGAGGACCUUCAUUACUUUGACAUUGAAAGUAACAAAGUAUCUGAGCUACCUUUAGAACUGUUUUACUGUACAAAGCUUAGAGUGCUGAUACUUUCACAUAAUCUUUUGACUUCCAUUCCACCCAAGGUGAAAAAUUUGACACAACUGCGACAACUAGAUUUGAAAGGGAACAAAUUGCAAUAUUUACCACCUGAGCUAGCAAAGUGCCAGUGUUUGAAAAGGAGUCAACUGAAUGUGGAAGAGGACAUUUUCAACACACUUCCAUAUGACAUCAGAGAAGAGUUUCUAAACAGAGAAUCUAGGUGAACAGCAAGUAAACUUCAGUUAAGGUUAAAUGAACUAUUUUCCUCAGAUUCUCAUGCAAAUCAAAAGUAU